UAAAAUGUGCAGCUGUUUCUGUUUUGGUUGCAAAGGUUGUUUAAUAAUGUUGCGGCGCAUCCCAAAAUUGCCCUGGUUUCCAAGUGUGAGCUGCACAACGAAAAUCACAGCAAUACAACCACAACAUAACUGGCGCAACAUAGCCACAGUCCAGGAGCCGGCAGUAAUAAAAACAAAGACUGAGGUCUCUACUGAGAAAACGACUGAAUGGCGUACAAUAUAUAAACUGCCCAUUAUACGCCUUGUGUCCGCCUUCAACCGAUUGAAAAUCUACCAAGCUUUGCUUACCGCCGCUGGUACACCGCUGGCAUUUGCACUUGGGGAAGCUGGGCAUAUAUCCACUCAUGCAGCUAGUGUUUGUGCUUCUAUUGGCGUCACCGGACUCAUUACGCUUACGUUGGGCAGCUAUGCUGCUAAAAACCUAGUUGGCUUUAUUUAUAUAAAUGAACCGGAGGACCAUUUGAAGUUGGCCUAUGUUGAUUUUUGGGGACGUAGAAAGGAGACGCUGAUUGCCAUCGAUGAUAUACCGACAGUUUGGGAUCAGAGCGGCCCACCUCGCUUUAGUUUCUAUCAAUUGAUAAGUGAUCCCAAUUGUUCAAAUCGUCGCUACAAAUUGUUACAUCGUUUAGGAACUGUAACCGAUCCCCAGUUGUUUGUUGGUCUUUUUGGGGAAUGAGCUGGGUUGAAGGAUAUUAUCAAUUUAAUUAUAUUAAAAGAAAAUUAUGUAAA